AUGGUGGAAAGAGGCGGCGGGAGGGUGGAGAAGCAGCAGGAGGAGAGGGAGGAGAGGAGAUGGGAUGGGAUGAGAGAAGAGGAGAGGAGGAUAGAGGAGGAGGAGGAGGAGGAGGAGGACAGAGAGAAGCGAUCAAGAACGAAGAUCUUCGGCCGGUUGCUGGAGAGAAUCCCUGGAAGAGGAAGCACGGAGGAUGCGUCUAGUAGAAAGGCAGAGAAAAUCAGCGACGAAGAGAUGACGGAGUUCUUGAACUUCUUGUUAGAUCAGCUUGACGAUGAAGACAUUCAAAGGAGUGCAUGCGAAGUGAUCUACAGACUGUCUGCUUGCCACCUCUACCAAAAAGCAAUGUUCUCUCUGGACAUCAAAGAAGUCUUGAUAGCCAUAAUGGCUCGACACAAAGGAGUGGCCGAGAUCCAAACGUUGGGUUGUCGGACGUUUCUCUACCUGUCAGGUCUGUUCAGGUUCAACUCAAGUGACCUUGUACAACGAGACAUCAUCGCGUGUCUCAUCGCCGCCAUGGUCGAGCAUGCCACAGUGAUUGAGUUGCAAAUUUCUGCAUGCAGGGCCCUCCGGUUCAUGGCGGCCAAUCACCCCGCGAACAAGGAGCGCAUCAGAUCAAAAUCUGGUGUUGAGCUUGUAGAACACGUCAGAAAGCUUCAUGGCAAUGACUUGGAACUUGUGGAGGCUGCGGACAAGUUCUUGUCUGUGCUACAGAACGACUUCUUCUCGUCGGAUUCCGAGAAGAUGCUGAGGUACAUCGUAUCCGAUCUCGAGCAGCACUCGAGGGUGCUGCAGGUAACAAGUCAGAACCUUCACUUGCUGCUGUACUUCCUCACCAAGUCUGAGCAAGACUUGUGUAUGAUGCUGCACGAGACCAUGAGCGUGAUCCGUUUCUGCAUGAAGACGUACAAGUCCAACACGGGGGUGCAGGAGGUGAUCUGCAACAUCCUGAUCGCCAUGAUCAAGGUUUAUGGUUGUUACACUCUGCUGGAAUUCUUCCCUGAUAUGGUCGCGAUGGUCUCGGCCAACAAGAAGGAGUACGUGAGAGACGCGCGUCUAUGCCUGCUGCUCGACAUGCUGGCAGAGAUGCUGACGCCCAACAGGCCUCCGGUACUCGAGGAGAGAGGAGCGCGGGAGCCGAGGGAGCAGGCGGAAGGAUACUUCAGCUUCAACGAGGAGGAUGACGAUGCUGUCGCUGCUGCGAUCCAAGACAGCAUCAGCAAGAUGCAGCAGUACAAGUUUUCGCCUGUGGUGCAGGAGGUGGAAUGCAGCAAGCUCAAAGAGCUCUCCCUGUCCACCAAAUGGCUCCACACCAUCAGCACCGCUGGGGGCGUUGAGGCGACGAUGGAGGCCAUGAACGUGCACAAGGAGGAGAGGAGCGUCGCACUGCAGGCCUGCUGGACUUUGAAGCACCUGACGUACCAUGUGCGGAACCAGGGUAUGGUGGUUGAGCUGCACGGUGUGCAGCUGCUGUUGGACGUGAUGAGGAGGCAUGUAGAGGAUGCGAACGUGAUGGAGCAGGCGUGCGGUGCCAUGACCAACCUGGUGUACAAGUCAGCGGGAAGCAGGAGGGAGUUCAUGGAGGAGAAGGACGGGAUCGCUGUGCUCCUGAGGGUCGUGGAGGUGCAUGCGGAGAACUCGGCGGUUGUGCUCAACAGCAUCUGGGCGAUGAGCAAUGUGAUGGAGAGAAACGAGACUUACCAGGUUGUGUUCGUGACCAUGGACGGAGUUCACUUGACAUGUAUGGCGAUGAAACUUCACAUGCCCAACUUGUCGGUGCAGUAUCAGUGCCUGAAGCUCCUGAGGAAUCUUGCGGAGAGCGAGCAGGUCAGAAGGUAUGCCGGACUGAAGGGCUAUCGAGAUGUAAUCAAGAUGUCGAUGCAGAGGCAUCAGGAGAAUAGCAUGAUGGUUGAGAUGGGAAGUUUCAUUCUUGAGGCUUCUCAACAAGAGGUUUGA